CGUAUAUUCUAAGAUUGGAAGAAAGGUAUAAUCAUGGUUACAUUCCCCACGCCCUAAUUGUCUCCUACCAUUUGCAGAAUUUUGAUCGCCGGACUUUGCAAAAUUUCACACCUCUGAACUUAUGACACAAGUAGUGGGUUCUCAGAUGACAAUAAAUAAGUAAGAAUUGGAGAAAUAUUUCAAUGAAAUGGAGACUGUGGUGUUGAAACACAAGAGAACUACAUUGGAGAGAGCAGAGAAAUUUAUUUCUAAGGAUUACUUUACAGAUGUAAACUUGGCUGGAAGACUUUACACAAAGAAAGCAGCGCUGAAAAAUCUCACUCAUUUUGAAGCACCAUAUAGAAUCAGAUAUAAUCAAGCUGUGAAAGGAAAAUAUAAUGAGACAACAGUAGGAACUUCUUUUGGACCAACAUGGAGUACCCAUUGGUUUUAUCUGGAAAUUGAGGUUCCAUUAGAAUGGGCAGGACAGGAAGUUCAUUUGUUAUGGAAUUCUGGGUCAGAGGCUUUGGUAUGGCAAGAUGGAUGCCCAUUACAGGGAUUAAGUGUAGCAUUUAAGAGAACCUCUUUUCCAUUAAAUCAAGCAAAGGUUGAUGGGAAAAAUAGGUACAAGCUGUAUGUUGAAAUGGCCUGCAACACAUUAUUUGGAGCAGGAGACGGUCUGAUUAACCCACCAGUACCAGAUAAAACAUUCACUUUGUCCCAGGCAGAAAUUUCUGUGUUUCAUAGAGAUGUCUUUGAAUUGAUAUUAGAUAUUGAAACACUCCAUGAUAUGGCAAAGCAUCUACCAGAAGAGUCUGAGAGAGGUUACAUAGCACUGUAUACUGUUAAUGAUAUGAUUAACACCAUCAUCCUGGAUGACAAGGCUAGCUAUUCCAGAGCACAUACAAUGGCUGAGAAGUUUUUACACCAAGGCAAUGGUCAAGGUCAUCAUACAAUUCAUGCAAUGGGACAUGCUCAUAUAGAUUCAGCUUGGUUGUGGCCAUAUGGAGAAACUAUCAGGAAAUGUGCUAGGAGUUGGUCUUGUACUGUACAACUGAUGGAGAAAUAUCCAAACUUUACUUUCACUUGUUCUCAGGCUCAGCAAUAUUAUUGGGUGAAAGAACACUACCCAAAAUUAUACCAGAAGAUUAAACAGUUAGUGAAGUCUGGGCAGUUUAUUCCAGUUGGUGGUACAUGGGUAGAGAUGGAUGGAAACCUACCAAGUGGCGAGUCAUUUAUAAGACAAUUUUUGUAUGGACAAAAGUUUUUCAAAGAGGAAUUUGAUUUGCAAUGUAAAGAGUUUUGGUUGCCAGAUACAUUUGGAUAUUCAGCACAGCUUCCCCAGAUCAUGAAAACUUGUGGCAUUAACAGAUUUUUGACACAGAAACUCAGCUGGAGUCUGUUCAACAAAUUUCCUCAUCAUACAUUUAUGUGGGAAGGGAUUGAUGGUUCAAGAGUUCUGACUCAUUUUCCCCCUGGAGAUUCUUAUGAGAUGAAAGGACAGGUAGAAGAAGUGGUAAGAACAAUAAAGAAUUAUAAAGAUAAAGGCAGGUCUAGUAAAAGUGUUUUCCUGUUUGGCUAUGGUGAUGGAGGAAAUGGGCCAUCAGAGGAGAUGUUACAGAGAUUGAAAAGACUUGAAGAUGUCAAUGGAUUACCAAGAGUAGAAAUGAGUACACCAGAUAAGUACUUUACCUCAGUAGAACAAGAGGAUAUCUCAAAGUUAUGUCGAUGGAGAGGAGAAUUGUACUUAGAACUGCACAAUGGUACAUAUACUACUCAUGCUAAGCUGAAAAGAUACAACAGAAAAUGUGAAUUUAUGCUCCAUAACCUGGAAUAUUUAGCAGCAAUAUCAGCACUGACAAGUAAGGGAUACAGUUAUCCCAGAGCUGAACUGGAUCUGAUGUGGAAACAAAUACUUCUAAACCAGUUUCAUGAUGUCUUACCUGGCUCUUCUAUUGGAGAGGUUUUUAAAGAUGCUGUAGAUUUAUACAAAGAUGUGGAGAAAAAGUAUAAAAAAUUACUGAGUGAAGUUCCCUUUACUAAUGAGAAAAAGUCAGAUAACUCCAGCAUCAUCAUUCAUAACACUCUUGGAUGGGAGAGGAAAGGAGUUAUUGCCCUUGAUAAUAAGGGUCAAAGUGCAUCUAAGAAACGUCGUGUCUCUUCUGACAGUGAUCUUACGCAGAUUGACAGUUUUGGUCAAACUUUAGCUUUUAUGGAAGUAGGAGGUUAUGGAUACACAGUGUAUAAACCAAUAGCUUGUCAACAUCAUACACAUGCAUUCAAAAAGGGACAAUUACAUUGGUUGAAAAACAAGGUAGUUAGUGCAGCAUUUGAUUAUGAAGGUAGAAUGACACAGCUACAUCUCCAUGGUGUUGAAAGAAAUGCCAUAUCCAAAGAUUACCAUGGCAACCAGUUUGUUAUAUUUGAUGACAUUCCAUUGUUCUGGGAUGCAUGGGAUGUUAUGGAUUACCAUCUUGAGACCAGAAAACCAAUCAACGAAAAACUGCAACAUGUAAAGAUUCUAGAUGAAGGACCACUGAGAGCUUCAUUGGAAUUUUCACUGAAGAUAAGUGAUAAAAGUUAUAUAAAACAGGUUAUCACUUUGGAUGCUGAGUCCCCUUACUUCAGAUUUGACACAGAGGUCACAUGGCAUGAAAAUAGAAAAUUCCUUAAGGUAGAAUUCCCAACAUCAAUUCACUCUUUGCAAGCUUCAUAUGAUAUACAGUAUGGCCACCUACAGAGAACCAAUCAUAACAAUACAUCAUGGGAUUCGGCUCAGUUUGAGGUCUGUGGACAUAAAUGGGCUGAUAUAUCAGAGCAUGGUUAUGGACUGGCAUUGAUGAAUGAUUGUAAAUAUGGUUACUCUUGUUUUGACAACGUUCUUAGACUUUCUCUGUUGAGAUCACCAAAAGCUCCAGAUGAGACAGCUGACAUGGGAGUCCAUCAGUUUACAUAUGCUGUAAUGCCACACAAAGAAAGUUUUCAGGAGGCUGGUGUAAUACAGCAAGCUUAUGACUUGAACUGUCCUCUAUUUACAACAGAAGUUCAGGGAGAAGUUUCAUCAACGUCACAGUCAUAUUUCAAAGUGGAUAAUUCACAAAUUAUAUUGGAGACUGUAAAAAUGUGUGAAGAUCAAACUAAGGACAAGACUCUUGUACUGAGAUUGUAUGAGUCCUAUGGUGGAAAAGGGAAAGCAGUACUCUCAUCUUCAUUACCAGUCAAAACAGCCCAGAGAUGUAAUGCAUUGGAAGAGAUUAUAGAAGAUACACAUAAAUCAGUGGCAAGGAUAGAGGGAGACAUUCAUCUGUCAUUCCAACCAUUUGAAAUCAUAACUAUAAUGGUAGAGUUUAGUCUUUGAGUUAAAAUGUUUUUGCUUGUCUUGAAUUUUUAUAGAUCCUUGGGACUAGUUGUCUACAUAAACAGAUUAGAAAGAUGUUCUAUUAGAGUUAAGAUUUACGCAAUAUUUGGAGGAAAUUUUGUUCAUGGCCAUAUGCAUUAUGUUUGAAAUCAAUAAAAAGUUGCUUACAAAUUGCAUUUUGAUCAUUUUGU